ACAGCAGUAUCAGUGGAUGACUUCCCUCAUUCUCCAUUCUAUGUAUCGGCGCUCAGAAAAAAAUCAUUGAACUAGAACACUUAAUUGCUCGUUUCCCAGGACAAGAAUGCAGUGUCCAGGCUGAGCAGGAGAAUAUGAAAUGAAAAGGAAUGCAGGUCAAGAAAACGUAUUGCUGUACAUCAGAAUAGUUCAGACAUUCCCAAAUUCUAGAAAUUCCACGUUAGAUUAAUUUGGACAACUCGUACGCAGAGUCGCAGAUAACGCAUUGUUCCGAUUUGACUAGCAUCAAUGAAAUUCAAAUUUUCAUUACGCUAAUAACAAAUUCUCUUGCACGGCUGCAGUAUUUUGGUUUUUGUCGCAUUUAUUCUUAAUCAAUCCACGCGCCUGCGUAAGGCUUCCGUAGGAAGCGUUCCGAAGGAGUUUUUCGUUAAUAUUGUCUUUUUGAUAUCCUCGCGAAAUAUUUUUCCCGCUGAUCGUUGGAGAAUUGCUCAAAAUUUGCUCCUGUUUUUAAUGGGUUCAUUUCUUCGGCCAUGACAAUACGCUUACUCAUCCUUUAAAGGAUGGCCCCUACUCAACCAUUCCGCCCCCGCGCAAAGAAAGGCCCGCAGAAAGAGGUUCACAAGGAGCCUUCCAAAUCGCGAACCGAUCACAGUCGGUCGACGCGUAAUAAUGAUUCUAGCGCGCACGAUAAUCGCACGGUCGCGUCACGCUCUCCGGACCGUCACGAAAGAAAGGCAGAUCAGAGGAUGGAAAGCCAGGGAAUGGUGCAGAUUCUAUAGACGGUGCUUCCAGUUGUGGAAGUGAUCUUGACCUUGAAAAGCCUCUGUACGCAAUUGGCGACUACCUGAAUGAUCGCAAAGAACUGGUGGCACAGAUGUUCAACAGCAUAAAAAAAGAUACUCUGCUGCGCAUGAUACCACCCGUUCUGCGAGAGUUUUCUCUCAAGGAAUUGCAGGAAAAAUGUGCCUUCGAGCUAGAGGGAUUUUCGCGCAAACGGGCACGAGCAGUGCUUAAUGGUUUGGACAUGAUUUCCAGUUCUGGAACUGAUGAUUCAGACGAAGAAGUGCAAAAUGAGGAUCAAAACCAAUUAGUGAAUCUCGAGAUCAUGGAGGAAUCUCCCGUUCCUGCACUGAAAGAGUAUGUUGCACCACUUGCUUUAUCGCGGCAAAAUCUUGAUUCUGGUGAAAUUAUUAUGGAUUUAAGUGGGGAACCGGUUGUUUCUGAGUUGAAUAAAGAUUCUUGUCUUACUACCGUGGAGCCGUUGGAGAUGGAGCUCGUUGAAUUGGAACUGCGUGCACAAGCUAUUCGUGCCUUAAUGCAGCAGCUCGAUGAGGAUGAUUUGAGUUUACCUGCGCCGAGACAUCGUCGUAGCGAUUCUCUGCGUUCCUCUGCUUCCCCGCAAAGCAAUCCCGACGAUCUUUUGUCUACGGAGCUUUGCUCCAUGAUUUCUUCAGAUGUGAGAAAAAGUAGUCGAGGGGAAAAAGAAUAUUUCCAAAUUCAUGCUGAUGAGGAAGAACUGGCUGAAUUCGACUGAAAUUGGGUUGCCUUGCUUUUUUUGCGAAACCCACAUGUGAUAUUUUCCGAAAAUGGUUCUCAUUAUGUUUAUCGAUUGUACCUGUUGCAUUGCGCAGCCAGUUUAUAUUAAUUUUGUGUAUAUAGGAUACAUGUUCAUAUAGCUAUUUAUGUAAGUAAUUGUGAUUAUUUUGUUUUGUUUUGGUCGAUUGUUGAACAAAUACUGUUGUUUAAGGAUGCUUGCACCCUUUUACAAAAACUUCUGGUCUGCGAAGUAGCAUGCAACACACUACUGGUUUACGUACAGUACUGUGAUAGUAGAUUUAUGGAUGUCAAUCAGGUUAUCACCGGUGUACUUGUACGUAACUGAAAUUUGAAAUUAUUUGUGUGCGAGAAUUGUGUAUUCAAGAUAUAUAGUUGCGGGUACGGUAUCCAGAAAGGUCAUAAAAUUAUU